GCACAAAUCGACCCCCCUAUUUUUUUUUUAAGUCAAAAUAGGUUUCGCCCAUCUGUCCCGGAAGUCUCGCGAGCGCUUUUGGUGACGCUGCAUACGGCGACAUGGCGCUAUUCCGUUUGGUCAGCAUUGUGGUCUCCCUCCUGGCUCUCGGAGCCUGGGCACUCAACCCGACACACCACCUGACCGCUUCAGAUGUGGACAGGCUUCAAGAUGUUCUGGAGCAGCCCUUCACAGACCUCAAGUCGGCGUACCUGUCAGUCGUCGGCCUGAGCAAGUUGGGAGUGCCGGUGCCUGACUCGGACGAGGCUUGCAAGUUCAUUAAGUCCAACGUGGAUACUUCCAGCAUCGAAUCUCUGUUUUAUGUGGCUGAGGCCAGUCAAGUGCUUUCCUCUUGUGGGAUCCGUUUAUCAAACGAGACUCGAGAUUUGCUUCUCGCCGCCGUAAGUGAGGACUCCACCAUCUCGCAGAUCCACCAGGCUGUGAGCGCUCUUAGCUCUCUGGGACUCCCUCUGGCAUCGCAGGAGGUAGUCAGUGCCCUUAAAGCACGCAUCGCAAAGGAGGACAAUGUCAUGGCCAUCAUUCAGGCUCUGCAGACCGCUUCCCGUCUCUCCCAGCAGGCUGAACUCGGAGAUAUCCUGGAGGAAAUAGAGGAUCUGGCUGCUCGGCUGGAUGACCUGGGAGGUGUGUUCCUUCAGUUCGAGGAAGGUCUGGAGGCCACUGCGCUGUUCGUGUCCGCAGCAUACGCUCUGUCCGAUCACAUGGACGUGGAGCCUCCACUGAAAGAGGACCAGGUGAUCCAGCUGGUGAACUCGAUCUUCAGCAAGAAGUCGUGGGACUCCCUGUCUGAGGCGUUUAGCGUAGCCAGCGCCGCCGCCGCACUCUCCAACAACCGUUUCCACAAGCCGGUCAUUGUCAAAUCUCUGGGCUCUGCAUCUGUCUCACACAGCCAGCCUCUGCUGCAGCUCCAGGUGACCGAUGUCCUGUGCCAGCCUCUGAGCUCGGCUAACGUCCUGGUGGAAUCGGCCACCUCUGUAUCCUCCAAAGCUGUUGUCCUGAGCCAAACCCCCUUCACCUUACGAGAUGACAUCUUUGAGCUGAACUUCAUGGCCAGCCAGCCUGCGAGCGGUUACUACCAGUUCUCCGUGGCCGUCACUGGGGACAGCCGUCUGGUGGCCAACGAAAUUGACCUCAAGGUAAAAGUCUCUACCAAGGUAGCCAUCAACAACAUGGACCUCUCUGUGGUCGACAAGGACCAGAGCAUCGGUGCCAAAACCACCCGAGUGGAAUAUCCAAACAAAGCCAAGUCCUCCUUCUUGGCUGACAGCCACCAGAACUUCGCUAUGACCUUCCAGCUGGUGGAUGAAACCACCGGAGUGGAGCUCACGCCUCACCAGACCUUCGUCAGGCUGCACAACCAGAAGACUGGGCAGGAAGUGGUAUUUGUGGCCGAGCCGGACAACAAGAACCUGUACAAAUUCGAGCUGGACACAGCUGAGAGGAAGACCGAGUUUGACUCCAUCUCAGGCACAUACGCCCUCUAUCUGAUGGUGGGAGACGCCACUCUGGAGAACCCAGUCUUGUGGAACGUGGCGGACGUUGUUCUCAAGUUCCUCGAUGAAGAGGCUCCAUCUACGGUUCAGUCGAAGAACCUGUACGUUCCCAAACCAGAGAUUCAGCACAUGUUCCGUGAGCCAGAGAAAAGACCUCCUACUGUCCUGUCCAACACCUUCACCGCACUCGUCCUCUCUCCCUUCCUGCUGCUGCUCAUCCUGUGGUUCAAGCUUGGUGCCAACAUUUCCAACUUCAGUCUGUCCCCCAGCUGUGUGCUCUUCCACGUCGGCCAUGCUGCCAUGCUGGGCCUGAUGUACGUCUACUGGACCCAACUCGACAUGUUCCAGACUCUUAAAUACCUGGCUAUACUGGGAAGCCUCACGUUCCUGGCUGGGAACCGCAUGCUGGCCCAGAAAGCAGUUAAAAGGAUCGCCGCUGAGCAGAGUAGUAGGUUGGCUAAGUAUAGGAGUCUGCGGUGAAAGCCCGGUUUAUUAAAACAAAAGCCCAGUCUCCCAGGCUGAAACAGAAAAGCUAAACGAUCACCGAAAGCAGUCACGAGGAGACCGGAGCUUCGUUUUGUUCUCGUCUUUAUUUAAGUGAAGAAAUCUGGCACGAAAGCAUCAGUUCCAUGGAAGAUAAACGACAAGGCUGUGACAGAUCAUGGCAGUUUAUUGGACUGUUCCCCCCAAAAAAAAAGAAAAAAAGAAA